UGUAUCAUAUAAUUAUUAUUAGUAUAAGCUACAUUCAUGAAUGGCUACAGAAACCAAAAAUAGUGUUGUGAAGCCCAAAUCAAAUGAUCCAAAUGGAUCUUCAAAGGGAAAAGUUGAUCCUUUGGUUGUUAAGAAGAAAUUAGCAAACUCAAGCAAGCUUCCAUCUGAUUCAAAGAUGAAAUCUGUCACAAAAUCUGAGGUUAAACUUACAAAGAACACUACAACAAAAGUGAGAGAGAAGAAAGCCUAUAGUCUUCCAGGGCAGAAACAUGAUCCUCCAGAAGAGAGAGAUCCUCUAAGAAUUUUCUAUGAGUCAUUAUCAAAGCAAAUACCAACAAGUGAAAUGGCAGAAUUUUGGUUAAUGGAACAUGGGAUGUUGUCUCCAGAAAGAGCAAAAAAAGCAUUUGAGAAGAAGCAGAGGAAACAAAAAGAGCUGAGAAUAGGAGCUCCUUUGAAGCCAUCCACUACAACUGAAACUUCCAAUAAACAAAAAGCAUCUAAAAAUGGAGACAAAAAAGCCAAGAAAAUAAUUGUUGAGAGUGAUGAAGAUGUUGAUGAUUUAGUUGUAAGUCCUAAAAGAAAAAAAGUGUAGCAAGAAGGAAAGUCUCAGAUUGGUUGUACCAAUUUUCAA